CGACCGCUACCACCUCCCACCCUCCCCCUCGCGCUCGCCAUUUGCUAGAUGCUCGUUCUGCAACCUGUACUCUUUGCUAGAACGGCCGUACCCCCUUGUUCUCGAUAACUGGGCGCGUUUUCAGGUGACACCUUGGGGAUGUCAGCCCCACGCUGCUCGUCCAGAACGCCUGGCGGUGGCCAGAGACAACAUGUGUCUUGCUUUGAUUUACAUCUCCGUCGGUUCCCCUGCUGGCCUCACUCUUCUGUCUCAGAGCAAUAGCCCGUCAGCAAACAGAAUAUGUACUUCCUCUGAUGAAGCGACAUCAAGUGUUCUCCAUCGUUCACAUGGCAAGGCUCACAACAGUGCAUUUAAACCUUACCAUGCUGCUAUCUUCUCCGGUUCUGGUGGUGUUACGAAGACUUCCUAUACGCACCUCCACUCUUCUCUCGGCCAUUUUGCACACGCCGAAUAAUACAAUGACUUCGGUUCUCAUACUAACUCAGCGGCUGGAGUACUGCAUCAGCAAUCUUUGCCGCUCUAUACUUUUCAGGGCCAUGGUUCCUCUUCGCAGUCGGCACUACAGCGGUUCCAGAGAAGCUACUUUCUGUCGCUGCCGGCAUUCAACGUAAUCCAGAACGACGCUUGUCUGAACCUUGAAGGGGGCGCCUGAGCACUGAGCAGUCAGUAGUAGUCGAAGCCGCGUCACCAAGCAACAGGGAGUCUUCUGCAUUCCCCGUCAUCGAAGUCUCGUCUUCUCCGUUGUCGGUGGGUGCCUUGCUC